CGUUCUAUGGUAGUCUGUUUCCACUUCCGGCCGUGCUACUAGUUAGUAGGGACCUGAAGCGCUGACAAUGGCUGCUGGGGGUUCGGAGAGUCGGACUGGGGAUAUUGAAGAGGAUGCUUCGCAGCUGCUUUUCCCGAAAGAGUUUGAGAGUGCAGAAACACUGCUAAACUCUGAGGUCCACAUGCUGCUGGAACACCGAAAGCAGCAGAAUGAAAGCGCAGAAGAGGAACAGGAAUUGUCAGAAGUCUUCAUGAAAACCCUUAACUACACAGCAAGGUUCAGCCGUUUCAAGAACAGAGAGACAAUUGCCAGUGUCAGGAGUUUGCUAUUACAGAAGAAGUUACAUAGGUUCGAACUGGCGUGUUUGGCCAAUUUGUGCCCAGAAACAGCAGAUGAAGCCAAGGCCCUUAUACCAAGCUUGGAGGGAAGGUUUGAAGAGGAGGAACUGCAGCAAAUUCUUGAUGACAUUCAGACCAAGCGAAGCUUUCAGUACUAAGAUCUCCAUGUUGAACAAGCUUUUCCUAUAAAGACUUUUCUUGUACUUUUGUUUUGGAUCAUGACAGACUGGAUUUUGUGCUCUGUUUCCUGCCAAUUAGUUCCGUGGAUUGCUUCUAUGGCAAGGACCCAGUAUACGUGUAAUUAUCAUUUAUCAUUGUGUUUAUGUUCAUUUCGAAUUGUUAAUAAAUUUUUAUUAUUGC